AUGGCUGUACAUUCUGGGUCAGGUUCAUCAGAGAAGAAAUCGAGCAAUGGAGUGAAUGAGUUGCUGACUUUUAAUGCUGAGAAUAUGCAAAGCAACAUGAAAAUCAUCUAUUACAGCCGUACAUUUUUAUCUAUAAUUGGUGGAGUUGUUGCUGGUAUUUUGGGAUUUACGGGCUUGUACGGAUUUGUCUUUUACUUACUUCUCAUGGCAUUUACUUCCGUUGGGCUCAUAGUCAAAUCAAAGUUUUCAAUCCACACAUACUUUGAUUCCUGGAAUCGCGUGCUAGUUGAUGGCUUUCUCGGUGGUCUAAUGUCGUUCGUGCUGUUCUGGACAUUUGCAUAUGACAUUGCUCAUAUAUUCUGA